AUGGAUGAUUAUACAGUAUCAUUAGAUCCUGAAACAGAAAUGGCCUGUACGUUAUAUCUUUUCAAAGAUAUACAAAAUUCUAAUGAAAUACGCAAAAAUGUUAUGAAUGGUAAACUUUCUUGCUGUAUUAUAAAAGCAGCGCUUUUAGUGGAUCCUUUGCAAGCAAUAGUAGCUGCUAAUAAAGCUGCAAUUAGUGCAAGGAUGAAUCAACUCAUUACAAGAACUUUAUAUACUGAAGUAUUGUUUAACUUGUCUAUAUCAAAAAACAUAUCACGUACAUUAACAGAAUUCGGUAUCAGUGAUAAUGAUAAAAAUAUAUUAGUAAUGAUAAUACAUAAAAAAUGUGAUGAAAAUUCAAAGUUAAAAAUAUUUAUGGACAUUAUAAAAGGAGAAAGAGUAUCAAUUUCAAGAUUGCCUGAAUUUACAGACUUUAAUUUGAUAAAAAAAUUAUAUAAAAUUGAGGAAGAUGAAUUAAAAAUUUCUACUUUCACCAAUUCUGUUGUUUCUAGAAUUAGCUGUAAAGAUUUUAUAUCAGUAAAAUAAAAGAUUUUUAUGUAUAUUAGAGAAUUCUCUUUUUAGAUUGUUAUUAAAUGUUAUUUGAUGCCUGAAAAAGCUUUUAUAUAAUUGUAUAAUUAUAUAGUAAUAUUUAAUAAACAAUAUCAUAAUUUGUUCAUUACAAUUAAUGUUCUUGCUACACUUUUUAUUCUUUUUGUUUAUUUUUAUAAAUUUCAUAGCAACUUAAUAUAAUAAUUAUCAAUUUUCUUUUAGUAUUUAAUGCAAUUUUCAAGUUUUUAA